AUGGGUAAAUCUCACGGUUACAGAUCUCGUACUCGUUACAUGUUCCAACGUGACUUCCGUAAGCACGGUGCUAUUGCAUUGUCCACUUACUUGAAGGUCUACAAGGUUGGUGACAUUGUCGAUAUCAAGGCUAACGGUUCCAUCCAAAAGGGUAUGCCACACAAGUUCUACCAAGGUAAGACCGGUGUUGUCUACAACGUCACCAAGUCUUCCGUUGGUGUCAUCGUUAACAAGAUGGUUGGUAACAGAUACUUGGAAAAGAGAUUGAACUUGAGAGUCGAACACGUCAAGCACUCCAAGUGUAGACAAGAAUUUUUGGACAGAGUUAAGUCUAACGCUGCCAAGAGAGCUGAAGCCAAGGCCCAAGGUAAGGCUGUCCAAUUGAAGAGACAACCAGCUCAACCAAGAGAAGCCCGUGUCGUCUCCACUGAAGGUAACGUUCCUCAAACUUUGGCCCCAGUCGCUUACGAAACCUUCAUCUAA